AACAAAAUGGCUUCCGUGCUGCAGCGUAGAUCAGUGUCGUGAAAAUAAUUGCAGAUAAAAACACUUGAUUCCAACAGAUGCCGAGCAAUACACCAGGAAAACGAUUAGAAGGAAGUGAUAACGAUAAUGAACAGAAAGAUUGUGAACUUCCUACAAAACCAGUCGUAGUAUUUGAAGGAAAUGAACAUGUUUCGGAGUCGGACGAGAACAGUGGAAAUGAAGCUGCCAGCCUUUAUAGCCGCGAAGUUACCAAGGAAAUUCGACGGAGAAGAAAUACUAUCGUGAACUCUUUUCGACUGGCUGAACUGGUUCCAACCACAAAUACUCCGCAUUCACAGUACCGGCGAAAAUCCAUUGUAAUUUUGACAACAGAAACAGUGAUAGACACAAAAGCUGAAGAACAGUAAGUCUGCAGGCCAAGAUAACUUAAUCAAAUAAACUUCUUCCACAUUAUACUGAUACCUCAGAAAUUUCUGCAGUUUUAUUGGCUGAGAUCAGCUAUACUUAACCUUGAUUUAACGUAUCCACUUGUAAAACUUAGGGACAUUUUCUCAGGUUUUUUUUAUUUAUUGCAGUUGUGGUACAUAUGAACAAAUAACAGCAUAUUAAAUAAAUACCACCAGUAGUAUUUAAAAUUGUGAGAAAUUGCGCCCAGCAAAGGGCUCUUGAAUCACAGCUCAAAACUAUUCUUAGAUAUCAUUUAUGGUAUUAAUGCAAAGUGUUGUGCUUACAAAUCAUCUUAGUGACAGCCCUACUUUAAUAAUCUACUUCCAAGCAGGUGAAGUUUUUAAGAUUACACGUGGCAAUAGAAUGUAAGCUUGCUGAUCCUUUUGAUACAAGUUGAUGCAGUCAAGGUUUAAAUAGCUUUACAUACUUGGCUUAAAGAACAAAGGAUACCGUAACUUGAGCUUUAAUUUGUGUAAAAAUCGCUCAGCUUAUAGCCCAAUAAAUAUGGCAUUCAUUGUAAAUGCUUUUCUUGUUUACGAGGAAACUAGACUUGAAGUGAUAGAAAUUGUUGUCCACUCUUGCUGCUUGAGUGUGUAUUACAAUUACAUGUAUCAAAACAACUUUGUAUAAGAAGUGACCAGUUUCCUAUUGUAGUAUUAAAUGCCCAAGAAACCUAGGCUGCUGUCUUAAAUAAAGCUUGGUCAUUUACCUAUGUACGAUUAGGUACCCUAUAGUAAAUAUGAGGCUUUGUGUAAAAUUUCUUUACUUACAGCUGUAUGAUCUGAUACAGGGUUUGCUAUCUUUUAUUUUCAGCUUUUUUGAGGGCUCAAGUCUAGCUGAAAGGAAUGAACACAAUCAAGCCAUAUCUUGUUUCAACAAGGCUAUUUCUCUCAAACCAGAAGUUGUUAAAAAUUAUAUUUCAAGAGGAGAAAGUUACUUGCAGAUCUGUGACUUUCAAUCAGCAAUUUUAAACUAUAAGAAAGCUUGUAUAUUAGACCCAGACAACGAUCAGACAUAUUCCAGAUUAGCAUUUCUGUACUUUCUUCAAGGACAAUGUUUAUUUGAUGAAAAGCUUUACGGAGAGGCUUUGGAAUCUUUUUCAAGAGCUGCGGAAAUGAAGCCAGAGGUUAUUGGCUAUCAUACCAGAAGGUAACAUGCCUAUGUUCCUGUUUUACUGGGCUCUCUGUGAUCUUAGAUUAGUGGUUGCUGUACAUUUGGCAGUGUAAUCUUUCUCUCCUGAAAUCAAUGAUAAUAAAUUGGUAUUAACUGUUUCACUUAAAUUAGUGGCAAAAGAUAAAAAGUCAAAAAAAAUUCAGACAAGUUUCUUGAUUUUGUAAAAUCCCUAGAAAUGAAUGGCACUGUGCAAAUGUUUUAUCAAAUAAGUGUCACUCAAAUGGUGACACCAUAGGAUUUAGUCAUCCUCCAGAAAGGCAGAGUAAGAGUGAUGAAUGAUCUUGUUAUAACCUGUUCUUACACUGAAACAAUUCAGUAACUCAAGUUCUAAUUUUUGAUUUUAUGGUGUGACCAUUUGAAUAGACCUCUUUGGCAUACUUUUACAAUCUAAAUAAUUAUUGCACAUUCUUACAUUUUAUCAGUUUUUAAGGGGAUAAUUUGAAAGGAAACUCUAGUGCUGCAUUGAUUGGGAGUGAAACACAAAAAAUUUACAAUCAGAAAAAGAUUGUCAGAGUGAUUCAGUCAUGCACUCAUAUAGUUUACUUUGAGAUGAUAGAAUCUACAGCCUCAGGUAGAUCAAGAACCAAUAACUAACAUGCAAUCAUGCAGAUUAACAUUCAUUUAAUGGUAAUUUUUAAUAUUUUAAGAGGGGUAAAAAUUGGAAGUCUUUUCUUUUCUAGCGUGGCUUGCUUAGCUGCUCUUCAGCGACAUGGAGAGUGUUUGGCGCUUGUGAAUAAAAGACUUGAGGAAGAAACUGAGAAUCCUGACCUGUUUAUUAUGAGAGCCAGACUUCAUGAGCUUUUCCGAAAUGUAAGUACAUUUAAGUUUUUUAAAUAAAACCUGUUCUGACAAUAGAUUUAAUCUAAAAGCAGUCCUUAAACUAUUUUCAGUUUGGUGAAGUUAAAGUCAAAAUAAUACAUAACAUAAUUAGUUAUGGGAAGUUGUAAACUUGUGGUAAUGUGCAUGCAAGUAAUGGUGCAUUAUUUAAUUUUUACCAAGCCUCAUAGCAUUAUUAGCAUUUCUUACUAGUCAUUUGCAUUCUUAUAGCUUUAAAAAUAACAUCAAACAAAGUGUUGUUUUUUAAUUUAUUGUCCAUCUUAACUGCAGAUUGUUUAAUUUAAAUGUAUAACACUGAUUGUUUGCAUGCUUGAUUAUGUAUUAUACUUUAUAUAUGUGACUGAUAUUUUUGUUUCCAUAGUCCACACUUUGUUACUAUGAUGUUAAAGAUGCGUUAGCACUUGCUCCAGAUAAUGCAGAAGCCAAGUCUCUGAUGGCCUCACUGGAGAAGAGAGCAAAGGAUAGCAGACAGCAGGUAGGACAGAAUUUUUUGCCUUCUUUAGUGCUGAGUUUGGGAAUUUCAAGUGAAAAAAUUAUAUGUCACUGAAAGAUGAUAAAUUUUUACCUGGCCAUUUCAGGGCUCAGCAAAUUACACAGUGUGCACUCUGGGGAAUAUUUGUCAGUAAUGAAAAUAAUUAUUAUUGGGCUGCCUGUGGCACCCAAUUAUAAAAUGGGCUUUCUCUGUCGAAAAAAGCCAGAAAAGCCAGAAAAAAAGUGUGAGUAUAAUCUAUACUUCUCAAAACAUUACAUGUAUAUUAAAACCACUGCGUUGCACAAUCGGCAGCCUAAUGAACCCCCUCUGUGGGGGUCUUGUUCAAAUAUUAAAAACAAGCACAGUGCAUUGUAAUUACAAUUACUGAACAAUAAUUUUUCUAUUGAACCAGGCCAUACAGCUGCAUUUGCUGGGGAAAGUUAACGAGGCUUUGUCUAAAAUCUCCAUUGCCAUAGAAACAAAUCCAUCAGUGGCGGAUUUUCAUGUCUUUCGGUAAGUGUUCAUAUCUAUACUAUAUAAAGCUUGCCAAAAGCACACUUGGAUUGGUAGGAAAGAUUUGAAAGAAAGGUGAAAACUUGAAAAAGUAAUGCAUAUCAUGGUUGCAUUUUAAUGUGUUUGAGUUCUGUCAGGUUUAGAGCAGGAUAUUUGCAGCAGCCAUGGUUUGAGACAAGGGAAAAUAGUGAAUUACCAGGUAGACAACAAUUUCUUAAUGAAUUUCAAACGUCUUUUGUUUUCAGCGGUGCUCUUCACAGAAGACAGGGUGAUUUUAAUGCUGCAAUAGAUGAUUAUCUUUUAGCCAUGGACAAGACAGACCACGAUGAAUUUAACACUACAUACAAAGAAGCUCAAAGACAGCUUUUACUAUGCUACAAUGACUUUGCUGUUGAGUGUUUUAGGUGAGAAAGUACUGGUGUUUAUCUUCACCCAUAGCCUUGCUGGAUGUUUGGAGGAAACCCGUAACAUGGGUUUGUGUAUGGUUAUGGUUAUCCUAAAACUCUUCUUUCAUUUUUGCUUUAUAGUAAAGGAUUUUAUGAUGAAGCUGUAGUACUGUUAAACAAAGCUAUCAAAGGGGAAAAGAAAGAAAAGGGACUCUACAUCAACAGAGGAGGUAAAUACACUACCAUGAUAAUAUCAUUACCAGUAUAUUAAUAUUGUGCAGUGGAACCCCAUUAAUAUGGUCACCAAUGAAAAAUUUUGGCCAUAUUAACGGAUGACUGUCUCAGCAAGGGUUUUUCCUUACAAGAAAAUGUCUGGCCGUUUUGCCAUGCAGCCAAAAAACAGUGGCUCUAAUAAUGAGGUGACCAUAUUACCAAGGUGGCCGUAAGGAGGGGUUCCACUGUAGUUGGAAGAGAAUUCUACAAUGGCUGACAUGCUUUCAAAUAUUUCUGCCUUCAGGUCACUAGUAGCUAGCUAACUAGUGAUACCCCCCUUGGGAAAACAAGGCUAGGCGUUGUAAUCGUUACAAGUACUGAAUUUGGCAACAGCAGGUUUAAAGCAGUCAUGUCUCAAGGCUAUUGCUGUUUUAGGUCAAUUCUGUGCUAAUUAAAGUCAUUAAUAAGUGUCAUUAUUUUGUGACCACAUAAAAUGCCAAAAUGCUACUUUAGCAUCAUAUAUCAAACAAAUUUCAUCAGGGAGGACUGACUGUGAUAAUCUUUUGGUCAUUUUUGCAGGCGUACAGUAGCAUCAAAACAUGAAAAAAUUGCCCCAUUCAUGUGAAUCCCAGCUAUCCGUAGCAACAGACAACAGGAAUCAGUUUCAAUCUCUCAUUAUAAUCUUAAAUAACAAAAUUGGACCAUUUUUUUGGAAUUCAAUUGAUACAAGAUAUGUUUUAUCUUUUUAAAAGGAAGCAUAUAACUUGAUUUAUUCCCCCGUAAGUUUGAAAAGUUGAUCCAGUUUUUUUUUCCAAAGUUUGAUCCAUCUCCCACUUACCUGGAUGGCAUGCAGGUACUUGCAGUGUAUAAGCAGUUUCCAGUAACCUUCAAGUCUUUUUAAUGACCAUCUUGAAGAGUUAAACAUGCACUUACAGUUCAGCUAGAGAAGUAGGAUAACCAAGUCUGGACCAUUAUUUUUAAAUCAACACCAAAAAAACACGAUGCACUCCCUUUAAGAACCUUCAUGGCUCACAUGUUUAUCAUAAUCACUUUUGAUUUUGCAGACUGCUUCUUUCGCCUGAACGAGCUUCACUUCUCCCUGUCAGACUAUCAACAGGCAUUAGAGAUGGACAGCAGUGAUUGGUCUGUCAGGUGCCGACUUUCCAUUGUGCAUAACGAGUUUGGAAUACUGGAGUAUUAUGAUAGGCACUACCUUGAAGCUAUAGAUCACCUUACAACAUCCAUCCAGUAUAAUCCACGGAUAGGUGCCUAUUACUUGUCACGUGCCAGGGCCAGAUACAUGAUAGAGGUAACGAUAAUGAAGGAUUUUUGAUUGAACACAUUUUUCGUUUUAUUUCUGAGACCUUUAUUCGCCACAUGAGGGGAUGAGGAGGCCUGACUAACCGCAAGGAGUGAAGCGCUACCAAAGAGUGAAUUCUUCGGUCCCAUUUAUUGAUGUAUCGUAGCAAUCUAACCAAAAACGUCGGUUUUCCGCCUUCUUCGAAACGUUUUCAGUUACAUCAGUAUUUUGACUAUUGAGUCGUAUCCUUAAAACGGUAUUUUUUUCCCGAAAUUCUGUCUAAAACGUCUCCUACUGCCAGACCUGCUCUAGAGUGUAAAGACUACAGUGAGAAACACGAACGGCAUUUCAAUCCUUCCGAAGCUCUUCUAAGCAUAUGUAAACUGUUCACACUGCAAGCCUCUCUUAUUAUAAAAACUUGUAGACAAAUUUGUCGGUUACAAAUUGGCUUCUACACCAAGAACUUUGCUAAGGGUAGGUGGGUGGGGACUCGUCUUGAUGGAGUCUACUACCCCCGUAUGGAAGCCAAAUCGUUAUUAUUCUAUCAGAAGUUAAAUUUUUAGCAGUGUCGGUCUGAAGAUUUGUACUAUAUACUACCACUGUGGGUUAAGAAAUGGGGAACUAUUAAUUUGCCAGUCAGACAUAAGGUACUGUUUUAAAAAGAGGGCCGCCUUUUACAGCGAAUUUAAACCAGAGUAUUUAUCAACUUUUUUCUCCUUCAGGACAUGGACGGUGCUCGGCACGACGUUCUCGUGUCGUUGUAUUUAGACCCCGAGAACAAGGAAGUCGUGUCCAUUUUUUCGAGGCUGUUUCCGGGCCGAGCCAUUACUGACGUCAUGAAGAGUCACAUGGGAAUGGCGGCUGCACGUCAGGCCGAGGCUUCCAUUCGAGAAACAAGUAGUUAUCAGCAACUUUUCCAGCAUGCCUCAGGUACUGUCAUUAAGUAUUCUGUUUUGAUAAAAUUUGGAAAACAAGGGUCUUCUUUUCUCCAUCACCUCUCAAGGCAAUUUUUAUGACCAAGACUAAAAGAAUGUAAAGAAAGAUAUUGUGUAUUGUGAAUAAAGUGUAUAAAGGGUUUCGUUUAUCGUUUGUCUUACGAUUGUCACAUAGAUAUUGAUCGCGACGUGUCGGCCGCGUACUGCAGGUCUUCAUUAGGCGAUAGAGUCGAUUCACUGAGUCGAACUAUUUAUACCGCCGUAGUUGUUAGUGAUUGGUGUAUUACGGACCUCGCUCAUGGUUGGUGGGUUCCGAUCCAAGGCAUUGUUGGCAAUAUUAGAGAACAGUUUCCUCCUCUAAUAUUGCCAACAGUGUCUUGGAUCGAAACCCACCAACCAUGAGCGAAGUUCGUAAUACACCAAUCACUAACAACCACAAGAGCCAAUAACAAGAGCCAUUGGUUCUACUCAGUAAAUCGAUACUAUCGCCUGAUGAAGACCUGCAGUACGCGGUCAAAACGUCGUGAUUGAUAUCUAUGUGACAACCCGGCGUGAGACAAACGAUAAAAGAAACCCUUAUAAGACUCAAAGAAGUCCGAAAAUUUCGCGAAGAGCAAUAAGCAUGGAGGGUGCACGGCUUGCUAAAACGGCGUUCAAGAAGAGAAAGAUCGUAUAUACGCGUGAUUUCCCCCUUUUACGCUACCAGUCUAGCCUCCCACGCAGGCGUUUUUAGGGGAGCUCAUAUUUCGUUGUAGGGAGCGACGAAAUACAAGCUCCCCUAAAAUCGCCUGCGUGGGAGGCUACUGCCAGUUGUAUUGGCUUUGUUUUAACUGAUAAAAACAGUGUGAAAUUGUUUCUCCUUGCACAGACUGUGGCAAAGUAGCAAGGUGAUUGUGAACUGACAAAAAACCUCUUUGAAUCGUACUUUAGAGCGAGCACAUAGAAGUAAACGAAAGUUAGAAAAAAGUAAAACGUUGCAAAAUCUUUGGAACUCCCAGUCAGUAGAAGGCAAGUUAAGUUGUUAUUUCGUGGCUUUGUUUAGGUGCGAAGAAUUCUGAAGCAGCAGCCAAGUUUAGUGGUAAAUCAGUUCUUCCACCGAUUAGAGGUUCCGUGUUUCCUGAAGUGCGCGCAUGCAUGGAGGAACAAGAUUUUCACAUUAGCAUCAUCAAAGGAAAGAAAAAGGUUAGCUGUAUUGAGACAUAUUUUGCCAUACGUUAGCUAUGAUGAAGUUUGAUUUGAUUUGAUUUUAUUUUCAUAUUGACACAAGUAACGGCAAGCACCAAUAAGACUGUGUGGAGAACAAUUCAGAGAGUACUCGGGCGCGCGAGGCCCACUUGAAAUUACUCGCCCGAUUACCCUGAAUUACACGACACGAAGUCCUAUUUCCACGAAUAAAUUGUGUCUAUAACAAAAUGAGAGAAUUUCAUUAUUGGAAUAUUUAUCAACGUAAAUGUACAAAGUUGUUAUUACAUUAUCUUACAGUUUCCAAAGCAAUAAUAUUUCUUACAUCUUUCGGCGAGAUCGGAACAUGGAGGUCCGACUGAUUUUGAUUGGUCAUUACGGGUUAUGUAAUAAGAUUUCAUUGGCUAGUAUCAUUUGCAUCUUGAUUUUCAUUGGCUGUUUAACUGCCCCAUUUGACCUGUUCGAUUACAAGCUCCUGGUUGUCGUAUCGGUCAAAUCGGACAGUUUCGAUGUUAAGCACGAAAUAUGGCUGUUAAGAACCAAUCAGAUUCGAGCAUUUUGUUAUUGCACAAUUAGUAUAGGUAAUAGCAUGAUUAGUGGUGAUAUUUGGCAUAAAUACCACGAGUGAUAUUUCAAAAUUGUUAUACGUAAUUUGAGACAAUUUUCAAAUAUCACGAGUGUUAUUUAUGCCAAAUAUCACGUACAAAUCAUGUUAUUAUUUGUUUAUACUACUACCCGCAAGAGGUUUGUAAUUUUCACAUGUAGUUAUUUCAAAUUAAGCUGAAAUACCACUGCUCUAAGCCAAUCAAAUUGCAGAAAUUUCUCAUGUAGUAGUAUGACGGAUGAAAUGAUGCUCGGAGGAACUGGUGCUCAUUUCGCGAACAGCGGCUAAUAAUCGAGCCUAGGAUGAAAUAGCCUGUCAAUUUUACGUAAUAAAGUUAUUGUGCUUAUUCUACCCUGAAACCUUCACUGUGCCUUGUCAGCCUUUUUUGCUCUAAUCUUUUGAGUCUUUGGUUCUUACAUGUUGUAAUUUUCUGAUUUGAAAUUUGGGAGCUGUUAAUGCUAGAUUUUUUUUGACUUGUUGCGGGCGAAAAGAGAAGCCCGCAAUCCUAAUCUCCAGUUUGUUAUUACGCAUGCGUCUUAUGUAUGUAGCCAGCGUAGCCAGCAUUCGUUUGGACUUCCACGAAGGAUGUGUGGAAUGCACAGAAUGCACUUUGAUCAAGCGCGUUUGGACCCUCUAUCACUCGUGUUUCUUCUGAUCACGCGCGUUUUGACCAUCUUUCACGUGAAACUUGCGCAAAGCACAGCGUUGGAGCAAAAGCGUUUCAGCUGACAUUUUGACCUUCGCUCGUUGUCGCGCACUCCGUAACCUUUGGUUAUUACUAGUAGACAGUUAAAUUUCUUACUACAAAUCAAAACGUUAAACAAGAAGCUGACGUUUGACGAAGGGCCAGCGCUCGAAACUUUCUCGUUAAACAAGAAGGCUUCUUGAUGUUGCUAGUUCUUUUAAAGAAGUUAUCUUCAAAGUAUAGCCACGUUGUAAAUAUCAAGUGGCGUUAUCGCUUCAAGAAAAUUGUUUUAAUUACACUUGUUGUUCUAUUGUAGGCCACCAAAACAGUACAAAGAGCUUUGAGCGCUCGGCAAGAUCUGAGUUUCAAGGGUCCAAGGGUCCAGUCCAACUUCAACAGUUCAUCGGUACACGCGGAAAAAAGGGUAGUAAAGUUUGAUGGCUUGACUGAGAAAAGAGCCAAGGAUCAAAAGGCCUUGGUUCAGCUCGCCUAAUAACCGACCAAGACACUGUAAAACCUACUUUAGAUUGAGUACGUUGCUUCUCAUUUAGGGAUAUCUAAGUGUAACAUCCUAAAAAGACUUUUCUUUGGUACUAGAAGUUUCUCUACUUCUAAGCGGUUACAUCCUUAUUUCAUUGCCAAAAUUCGGAAAACUACAACUUACAGAGAUGAAACACGUAACUUAGAUAUUAACGCUCUUUAUGAACAUUCCUCGUUGGAGAGCUGCGGAAUUAGAAAAUAAAAGGUUUUAGUGAAAAAUGUGUAAAUAUGUAAAAAGAUGCGAAGAACGAAAUGGUAUAUUGUAUUUUUUAUUAUUAUUUGACUUAAAAGUUAAAUAAAG